GCUAUCUCACUCUUACCUAUAUAAAUAUAGCCUAUAUUUUAUGAAUGGCAUCAAAAUAAAAAAAUGCUGCUAAAUUUGCAAUGUUCUCUCUGCAGUAUGGAUUUAUCAAUACCUGUUUGAAGUCGCUGGUUGUUGACAAGUUUGGCGAGGAGACAUGGAUAAAGCUCAGAGAUGAGGCCGGGGUUCAAGAUACAUUCUUGACAUAUGAAGUGUACAAAGACGACAUCACCAUGCAACUGGUGGCUGCUGCCUGCAAGCUACUUGAUGUUAAACCAGAGGUGGUGUUGAGACAAUUUGGGGAAUACUUUUUUGACUUUUGUAAACGAUCUGGAUACGACCACAUGUUACGGACUCUGGGAGGGAACCUGUUCGAGUUUAUCGAGAAUCUGGAUGCACUGCACAGCUACCUCGCCCUUUCUUACAAGGAGAUGAACGCGCCAUCAUUUCGAGCGGAGAGGAACGGUGACGGCACGAUGUUUCUUCACUAUUACUCUGACCGCCGAGGCCUAUGCCAAAUUGUACCCGGUAUCAUUGAAGCUGUAGCAAAAGACUUCUUCAACAGCGAGAUAACGAUGGAAAUCGUCAACCAAAUAGAGGAACUAGAGAGGACAGGAAAGAAGGAGCAUGUAGUAUUCCUUGUCACUCAGAAACCGACAUUUUCGAAUGUAAUGUGCAGUAACAAGCUCUCACAGACACCGCCAUGUUUGCCAAGAGGCCCCAGGCGCAACGCAAUGCACUGGAACCCAAACAAGGAGGACAUGCAGAAAUCAUUGCAGAGGAAACUCCAAUCUCAGGGAUUUUCCAUGUGUCGGAACCACUGGGAGACUGUGAGGGGGUUGGUCCAGCUUGGGAAGGGCAAACUCUUGAGAGGAUUUGAGCCAGUCUACCCGAAGAAUCUUUGCAUCGACCUGAAGACAUUUUGCAAUGCCUUUCCCUUCCAUAUAGUGUUCGACAAGGAGCUGAUGGUGAGACAGGCGGGGGUGAACAUCCAGAAGAUCGUCCCCGGGCUGCAGACCAUGAGCAUUCACCUGGACCAGUACUUCAGUAUCGUCCACCCCGAGGUCACCUUCACCAUCUCCAGCAUCAGAAAGUUCAUCAACAGCCACUUUGUCCUGCAGACGCGACGGGACAUGAUGCCCGAGGCCUGGAGGGAUAGACCCAUGCUGGAGCUCAGAGGUCAGAUGUUGUGGAUGGAGUCUCUGCAGUGCAUGCUGUACCAGGCCUCCCCUUUGCUGCGGAGCCUCCACGAGCUGGAGGAGCGGAGCAUGCACAUCUCUGACAUCGCCCCUCACGACGUCACGCGGGACCUCAUCCUGCUCAACCAGCAGCGGCUGGCCGAGAUGGAGCUCUCCAACCAGCUGGAGAGGAAGAAGGAGGAGCUCCGACACCUGUCCCAGCAUCUGGAGGAGGAGAGGACCAAGACGGAGAACCUGCUGUAUGCCAUGCUGCCCAAACAUGUGGCCAACCAGCUGAAGGAGGGGAAGAGAGUGGAAGCAGGAGAGUUCAAGGAGUGCACCAUCCUCUUCAGUGAUGUGGUCACCUUCACCAACAUCUGCUCGGAGUGUGAGCCCAUCCAGAUUGUCAACAUGCUUAACUCCAUGUACCUCAAGUUCGACCGGCUCACCACAGUACACACAGUUUACAAGGUGGAGACCAUAGGUGAUGCCUAUAUGGUGGUAGGUGGCGUGCCCAUCCCAGUGUCCAGCCAUGCUGAGAGGGUGGCCAACUUCGCCCUGGGCAUGGUCAUAGCAGCGAGGGAGGUCAUCAACCCCAUCACAGGGGGGCCUAUCCAGAUCCGGGUGGGUGUACACAGCGGGCCAGUUCUAGCUGGUGUGGUGGGGGAGAAGAUGCCUCGGUACUGCCUGUUCGGAGACACAGUAAACACGGCGUCUCGCAUGGAGAGCCACGGCCUCCCCAACAAGAUCCACCUCAGCCCCAGUGUUUACCUGGUUCUAAAAGACAAGGGCUUCAUGAUCCAGGAGCGAGGGGAGAUCGAUGUGAAGGGGAAGGGCAGGAUGUCCACCUACUUCCUGGAAGGGAACCUGACCGCCACGGAGCACGAGAUCAUGGGCCGUUCAGUUAAGGAGGCCGACUCGGGCCGUGCGUCUGUACAGUCGGCACGGGACUGCAACACAGAGGCAGCCCUGUACAGACCGGCCAUCCAGAGGGUGCAGAGUGAGGACAGGAAUCCUGUAGUGCCCAUGGAGUAUGGAGACAGCCUGGCUGACCCGCCGCCCUCAGUCCAGCUCACUGAACCCCAGCCACAAGUCAAAGCCAAGAGCCUCAAAGGAAAACCUCGGGACUCAGAGAGCUACGGCAGUCUCCACAGUGACAACAAGUCAGUGGAGGGAGGUCUCCCCAAACCAGACCACCAGCUGACCAGAGCAACCUUGUCCCAGAGUCCCACUCCCAUAGAGGCUGAGGCUCCUCAUUCCACCAAACACAUCCGGACCAGUUUCUGUGUGGUCCUCUGAGCUGUUGUAGUACUAUCAAGACUAGUCACUGUAGCCCCGUUUAUACCUGUUGCUAACACAUACGUCCUUGAUCCUGAUCUUGUCAUCAUUCUGAUUGUGCCCACAUUUUAGCUGUUGCUAUUAAAUAUUAAAAUGUGUCUCUUAUCCUUGUGACCAGAUUUCCUGGUACCUCCAAGUAUGCUAUACAAUAAUUUAAGACACAUAUUGAUAAGUCAAUGGUGCUAACUAUCAAUGAUUUUAGAGGGAGGGAUAAUGAUGAUUUUACAAGUUUUACUGUCCAGAUCCGCCUAAGAUAUUCAGACACAAUGCUUCCCUAACUACCUCCAGAGGUUGUCAGGAACAUGAGAUCACAAUACAUAUUCUAAUCGUCUACACCUGUCUAAAAAGGUGGGCACAAUUUGAAUGUGAACAAGAUCAGUUUAAGGACACAUGUUAGCACCAGGUAUAAACUGAGCUUAAGUGACCCACUCAUUCAAUUGGAUCACAACUGCUGGAAUAUAGGACAUUCAAUUAAAUUGGACUAUCUCUGCUGAUGAGCCUAUACUCUGAGACUACAGUGUUUUAUGAAUAUUGAAAUUACAGUGUCUAUGGUCAUCUUGCUAAUGUUUCAUUUUAUGUGAUCUCUCCCCCGGAGCACUGCUAUCUAUGUGAUAUAUAGAAAUCAACUGUAACCAGACUUGUACCUCUGGUCCAGGGCACUAUGAACAAAGAUGGCGGAGCAGUAAGACGUGUUUGUUUCCUUCCCAUGUUUUUCUUUCUUUUUUGUGUAUACAUUUCAUUAUAUUUCAAUCUCUUUUUUCCAUUUUUGAAUUAAAUAUACCUUCUUGCAACCCGCCUCACCCAAUGCGGUAUGGAUCUGCUACUUUUUAGACCUUAUAACUGGAACCCCCAUCAUCAGCUCGCAAGUUAAUAAGCUACUUGCUUUUUAGUCAUUGUUAGCCACUGCUAGCGCUCUUUAUCUUUAGCUCGGACUCCAGCCGCUUUAGCCCGGAUAGCCUGGAUAAUACCUGCCAGUCUGCACAGCACGAUAUCAGCCCUGAGCAUAUCGGACUGCUUUUUUCCUCCACUACAUCACCAGAUUCCUGCUGCAAGCUCUGGACUAAUUACACCGGAUCUUCGCAGCUAGCUAGUUGCUACCGAGUGGCUAACACCUUUGUCCAGAAGCAUCCACCAGCUAGCCUCGGGCUAGGCCCAUGUCCCGUCUAGCAAACGAAGUACACAAAUUACAUCUGCUGAUGUAAUUGAUGAUGUAAUUCGGCCAAUGUGCUCUCAACCGACCUCUGUGUCGUGGAUGUUGGUGUUGAUCUAUCUGCUAGCCCCGACCUGCUAGCUUCCUGAACGCAGUGUCUCCCGCAGGCCUUGCAUAGGAAUCUACUACCAAACGGCUCCCUGUUUCAUCAUUGCUGCUCACUGCAAUCUGGGUGCACCUCAGCCACACUCAAGGUCCUAAACGAUAUCAUAACCACCAUCAAUAAAAGACAGUACUGUGCAGCCAUCUUCAUCAACCUGUCCAAAGCCUUCGACUCUGUCAAUCACCGUAUUCUUAUCGGCAGACUCAACAGCCUUGGUUUCUCUAAUGACAGCCUCGCCUGGUUCACAAACAUCUUCUCAGAUAUAGUUCAGUGUGUCAAAUCAGAGGGCCUGUUGUCCGGUGCCACAGGGUUCAAUUCUCGGGACGACUCUUUUCUCUGUAUAUGUCAAUGAUGUCGCUCUUGCUGCAGGUGAUUCUUUGAUCCAAAUCUACGCAGACGACACCAUUCUGUAUACACCUGGACCUUCUUUGGACACUGUGUUAACAAACCUCCAAACGAGAUUCAACGCCAUAUAACACUCCUAACGUGGCCUCCAACUGUUCUUAAAUGCUAGUAAAAACUAAAUGCAUGCUCUUCAACCGAUCGCUGCCCGCACCCGCCCUCCCGACUAGCGUCACUAUUCUGGACGGUUCUGACUUGUCUGGCUAGACACCUAGGUAUUUAUAAUUGUCCACAUAUUCACAUACUCUCCUUCCAGACUCACAUUAAGCCUCUCCAAUCCAAAGUUAAAUCUAGAAUUGGAUUCCUAUUUCGCAACAAAGCCUUCUUCACUCAUGCUGCCAAACAUACCCUCGUAAAACUGACCAUCCUCCCGAUCCUUGACUUUGGCGAUGUCAUUUACAAAAUAGCCUCCAACACUCUACUCAGCAAAUUGGAUGCAGUCUAUCACAGUGCCAUCUGUUUUGUCACCAAAGCCCCAUAUACUACCCACCACUGCUACCUGUAGGCUCUCGUUGGCUGGUCCUCGCUACAUAUUCGUGGCCAAACCCACUGGCUCCAGGUCAUCUAUAAGUCUUUGCUAUGUAAAGUGCCGCCUUAUCUCAGCUCACUGGUCACCAUAGCAACAACCACCUGUAGCACGUGCUCCAGCAGGUAUAUUUCACUGGUCAUCCCCAAAGCCAACACCUACUUUGGCCGCCUUUCCUUCCAGUUCUCUGCUGCCAAUGACUGGAACGAAUUGCAAAAAUCACUGAAGUUGGAGACAUAUAACUUUAAGCGUCAGCUGUCAAAGCAGUUUACCAAUCGCUGCAGCUGCUCACACAGCCCAUCUGUAAAUAGCCCAUCCAACCAACUACCUACCUCAUCCCCAUAUUUGUUUAUGUUUUUCUGAUCUUUUGCACACCAGUAUUUGUACUUGCACAUCCUCAUCUGCACAUAUAUCACUCCAGUGUAAAUUGCUAAAUUGUAAUGAUUUUGCUACUAUUGGCCUAUUUAUUGCCUUACCUCCUUACUUCAUUUGCACACACGGUAUACAGAUUUUUCUAUUGUGUUCUUGACUGUAUGCUUGUUUAUCCCACGUGUGUUGUUGUUUGUGUCACAUUGCUUUGCUUUAUCUUGGCCAGGUCUCAGUUGUAAAUGAGAACUUGUUCUCAACUGGCCUACCUGGUUAAAUAAAGGUGAAAUUUUUUUUUUAAAAAAUAGUGUGCAUAGGUAACUCGUUGUCAUUGUGUGAUGGGACCAGAGCUACCAGACUGCAGGGUGAACGACCUGUGUUCAAAUAAUAUUUAAGGCAUUUCAAUUACUUUCAAAUACAUUUCAAAGUAAGUAUUUAUUAAUUUAUUUUACUUUUAAAUACAAGUAGUUGAAUAUUGGAAUCGAUAUGGAAAUACUGGAAAUACACAUGGCAUGUCUUUGAAAAAUAUUAAAAUACACAAAUAUUCAAAUCAUUGCAUUUGAACCCAGGACUGUUUAGUCCCUUAGACCGCUGCGCCACUCGGGAGCCCCUAGGAAGUUAUUUGAAAA